AAUCCCACAACUUCUGUUCAGUGAAAUUAGCGCCACUACCAAAUUCCUCCAUCGAAACUUUACGAAAUUUUGAAAAUCCUCAUCUCAACUUCACCAAUGGCCGGAAGAGGAAAAUCGCUGGGCUCCGGCAAGUCCCAGAAGAGCACCACCAGGAGCACGAAAGCCGGCCUGCAGUUCCCCGUCGGCCGCAUCGCUCGCUUCUUGAAAGCCGGCAAGUAUGCCGACCGCGUCGGCGCCGGAGCUCCCGUCUACCUCGCCGCCGUCCUCGAGUACCUCGCUGCCGAGGUUCUUGAACUGGCCGGGAACGCCGCGAGAGACAACAAGAAGACGAGGGUCGUCCCGAGACACGUGCAGUUGGCGGUGAGGAACGACGAGGAGUUGAGCAAGCUGCUUGGUUCCGUCACCAUCGCUAACGGCGGCGUGAUGCCAAACAUCCACAACAUGCUUUUGCCCAAGAGGGCCGACGCCAAAGGCCGCUCUGCCGCCGCCGCCGCCGACGAGUAGAUGCUCUGUUUCUUUUUUUGUACUUGACAUUGUGAAGCGGAAAUUUGCAGAGGAAGUAGCUUAGGUUAAUUAGAUGUACUGAUUUCCUUACAGUUUCUUGUAUGGGUUCUAUGAUCGGAUCGCUAAUGAAUGAAAUCCAUUUUC